AUGCCUUCUGUAUGCUGUAAGCCACUCAAGAAAAACAAGGGAGUUCAUUUGCUAUACGAGGGUCGAGGGCCUGGUGGCUCUUCUCUGCUCAUUGAGGCAUUAUCAAACAGUGGUCCCAAGUGCCAUUUGGACAUUAAAUAUAUCCUGAACAAGAAUGGGGGAAUGUUGGCUGAAGGAGCACGUCAUUUCUUUGACAAGAAAGGAGUGGUUGUGGUUGGCGUAGAGGACAGAGAGAAGAAAGCUGUGAACCUCGAGCGUGCCCUGGAACUGGCAAUCGAAGCAGGAGCUGAGGAUGUGAGAGAAGCUGAGGACGAAGAAGAAAAGAGCCUUUUUAAAUUUAUUUGUGAUGCCUCGUCACUGCAUCAAGUGAGGAAGAAAUUGGACUCCCUGGGUCUGUGUUCUGUAUCCUGUUCCUUGGAGUUCAUCCCCCACUCAAAGGUGCAGCUCGCUGAACCUGACCUGGAGCAGGCUGUUCACCUCAUCCAGGCUCUCAACAACCAUGAGGACGUGGUUCAUGUUUAUGACAAUAUCGAAUAGCCAGACUAUGCCUGUCUCCAGGCUCUUGCCUAGGUUUCACAAGCUUGUGCAGCAACCUUGGAGACUGAAACAGGUGGGCACCUAUCAGACCUGAUGCCAUGGCUUACAUACAGCCUUAAGAAGAAGGGACUUUUAGCUCUGUUGGUAUCACAGGGCCACCUGGGAUACAGGGUGAGACUAGCCAGCUGGUCUGUAUCUGAUCCCAGGUGACUGGCCCUUGUCAAGAUUCUAAGUGUCUUGUACGAUAGAGUGGAAACUGAUCAUCAAUAAUAACAGUAGUGAUUGAUUAUUCUUGGA